CACAGAAAUGACAAAUCUUUUUCAGUCGCUCUAAAGACAGUCAACAUUAGGAAGACUUAUGGCGUGGUGCGCCGCCGCAAGGAGUUUCCAUUUGCCCGCAAUCGAUGCCGGCGCGAUGCGAAAUCGGACCCCACAUAUGGUGGCCGUCAGCUGCGUAUCAUUUGCUGGCGCUAACCUCCGCCGCCCUUCGUCAUCUAGAUCAUCGCCGCAACUGUUUGCUUCCUUGAGCACUUCUACUGAUGCCACUGCCAGCAUAAAGGAAGCCGUUCAGACAGAAAAGGCUCCAGCAGCAUUGGGACCAUAUUCUCAAGCAAUCAAAGCAAAUAAUAUGCUUUUCAUGUCUGGGGUUCUGGGACUCAUUCCAGAGACUGGAAAGUUCAUCUCGGACAACGUAGAGGAUCAAACUGAGCAGGUAUGCCUUGAUAUGUGAACUCUGUUUGUAUUUUCCAUUUUA